GCUGGGAGGGACUUGUGCUUUCAUUGAAGUGUUACUGAAGCCACUCUCCCCUAGUUCACAGAGCGGGGUCAGGGGCCCCCUUCAGGUCUUUGAAGGCGUCUUUCACGGAAGAUUAUUAGGCUGCUUAGCGCUGCAGACAGUCAGUCAGACAGACAUAUUUACAGCAUUCACACACAGCUGUGGGCUGUGGACUAAACUUUGUUUUCUUGUUUUUUCCUUCCUGCUAACACUGCGUCUCUCUGCUUUUUUCCCCCUUCUUUUUACUGGCGUUUUGUCCUCAGCUGCGACUGGCCUGAGCCUCCCUGGCUGGCAUCAUCCCCCUCAGUCAGUCUGACCGCCCACAGCACGGUGGUGGUGUCGGAGGUGGGGGGAGAAAGUGCUGCUUUGUGAAUGACGGGAGCGGCAGAGGACAGAAAACAAACUUUAGCAAUAAUAUUUCCGACGGGGAAGUGAUUUUACAUCCACUCGAGAAGUUUGGGCUGCCGAACCAGCGACACCUGGACGAAGAGGACCGAGAAAAAUCUAAGCUUCCGAGCUGCUUCAGUGAAGCUGUGAACCAUGGCGGUCGGUCUAGCCUGCGUUGCCUGUCUCUGCCUGGUGGUGAUGGUUGGCGGUGACCCCUGCCUCAUCAUCAGUGAGAUCAAUGCUGACAACCCAAGACUGGACACCACUGAGUUCGUGGAGUUGUAUCACACCAGCGGACAGCGGGCCCCGCUGGACGGGUACACCCUCGUGUUCUAUAAUGGAAACGGAAAUAUAGCCUACAAGGUGCUGGACCUCAAGGGCCACAGCACGGAUGACAGAGGUUUCUUCUUGGUGGGCUCGGUGGACAUGAUGCCCAAACCGGCCAUCCUCCUGCCGCCGAACACAGUCCAGAACGGCCCGGACGCCAUUGUCCUAUACCGCACAUCUGCCGCUCGCUAUAAUGAGAAGAUGAACGUCACGGCUGUUGGGUUAGUGGACGCCGUCGUCUACAUGACCCGCCGUACUGGAGGUGCAGAGUUCCUCGCGGAGAUGCUCACGCCCGGGGAGCCGGCUUUCGUCGAGGAUGAAAUGGCGCUCGAGGGGGACGAAUCGAUCGAAAGGUGCCUGCUGUCUGAAGAUCGGUGGGGCUUUCAGGUGUCCUCACCCUCCCCUGGUCAGCGAAACAACUGCACCCCUCCUACUGCUCCAUUAACCAUCCCUUUAAUCACUGAGCUGAAGCUAGGCGGAGGGCAGGUGGAAGGGCUGGUGGAGCUGACGGAGGCUCCGUCUGCAGGUUCUCUGGUGCUGGUAGUGUGGGAUGGGAAAACAGACCAGGUCAGUGUCAGCGUGGACGUGGACGUGGACACCUCCAGGAACGGGUUGAUCUCUGUAACCAUAGAGAAGAGCUACAUGAAAGGAGAUGAGUCUGGGGCAGUGGCCAUUUACAAUGGAAAAGCUACAGACUUUCCUGUAGGCAGUCCACUGAGCCAGAUACAGCCGCUGGAUGCAUUUGUGUAUGCCGGACCCGGAAACAAGCCUAGUGCCAACCUCACAGAGACUCUCAUACCAGGCAGGCAGCCGUACCAGCUCAGCAACAGUUUGAGGGAGGGCGGCUUCUAUCUCAGUCGCUGUGGUGUGGCUACCUGGGCCAGAGACCCUGGCAUCUUCUGGGAGGCUCCACAAACUCCUGGGCUGCCCAACCAGUGCCCCUGGCCAAAAAUCUGCCCUCACAGCAAUGUGGUUCCAGGAGGCACAGACUCGCCGCCUCACCUCCCACCCUGGGGCAACACUGACUUCCUGAUCAACGAGCUGAACACUGACACACCCGGCGCAGCUGAGGACGGAGAGUACAUCGAGCUGUGGCACCCAUCAGGCCGCCGAGUCUCCUUGCAGGACAUCUGGAUACUGCUGUUCAGUGCGCACAAUAACAAACCGUACAGGGAGAUCAGCCUGAGCGGACACUUCACCACCUCCAAAGGGUAUUUUCUGCUGGGCAGCGACAGGUUGGUGCCAGCCCCAUCGCUGCGCCUGCCUCCCAACACCAUCCAGAACGGACCAGAUGCCGUGGCGCUCUAUCGCAGCCCCUUCGGCCCACCGUCGGCCGCGCAGAGGGGGAUUCCUACUAAAGGCCUGCUGGAUGCUGUGGUUUAUCGACAGAGAGGGUCAGACAGGGAGGCACAGGAGCUGAGUAAAGCUCUGACUCCAGGACAGCUGCCGCUGCUGGAGGACCCGGAGGUUCUGCCUGGUGAUGAGGCCCUUAGCCGCUGUAGAGGCCUUUACCCCUAUGACCUGUCUGCUUUUUCAGUGGCUCCACCAACCCCUCUGAGGGAAAACAGCUGCCCUCGCCCUCCUCCUGCCCCUGAGGGUGUGGUUAUCAGUGAGGUGUCUAGCAACCACUGGACCAAUCACAGCCAGCAGCGGGCCUUUGUGGAGCUUCACGGGCCACCUAUGACAGACCUGCAGGGCCUGGUACUCUCUGUGUUUGACCAGGAGCGUAGUGGGACCGUCAUUGCCCUUCCCUUGACCGGAUCUAUUGACCGGGACGGAUUUUACAUCAUUGGAAAUGUCACCGGUGCAGAUCAGACCUUCCCAGAGGGCUCCACGAUUCCCGGGCGAGGAGCUGUAGUCCUGUGCUACGACCUAUUCAGCGUCUGCAGAGCUGGAACCGCUCUGACCAACUCCAGCCUCAGAGAUGUGCUUGUGUUCAGUGAGAACCGGCAGCUGCUGUCCUCUCUGUCCACCACCAGGGGGAGACAAGUAAUGCCAGCGCUCAGGUCAGUGGAAGAUGGUCCCGUCACACUUAGCCGGUGUUCAUGCUGUGAGGUGAGGAGCCCCUCAUCCUGGACCACCUCGUCUCCCACACCUCACAGCACCAACCUCUGUCCUAGCUCCACCUUCUCAAGUCAGAUUGAUCUUUGCCUCGGACCGCUGUCCACUGACUGGCAGGAGCAGGUGGGAGACUGCAGUGGUCUUAUCCACGGGAAGGGGGUCUCUGAGGUGGCAGACUACUUAGAGCAGCGAUGUCAUUGUGGCAUUUCUGCUCUGCAUCUCCAAGGGGCAAACUUUUCUUGUGUGUCUGGCUGGCUGCGAGUCUGGGGGAGCAUUCAGGCUCUGUCGGCCCAUCAGAGAUCCCUGAUCAUCCAGACAUCGCACAUGAACCUGUCGUCCACCCAGGGAGACGUCUGCUCCUCUCCCACUACCGGUCGUUACACAAGCACAUCAUCUGCCCUGGGGUUACAGAUAGGGCUGAUAGUAACUGUGAUCCUGGUGCUGGGACUAGGAGCUGCCCUGUUCACGUAUUUCUACAGGAGGAGGCGUCCUCUGGACUAUUACACCAUGGAGCUGAGUGAGCACGGGGAGGGACUGUCUGAUCUAUAAUCCAGGCUUUGGGCCAGCGGCUUUAUGCAUGUGGUAGUGGCCACGUGCAGCGGAGGACUUCAGCAGAGAGAGAGAGCUACUGUUGUGGGUAAUCAAAAGGUUAAUUUGACCUGUGGGUAACUAAAUGUGCGGCUGUUGUGAAACAAACGCCACCAAGUGUCCUUCUGUCAAAAUGACUUGUAAUUGUUAUCUAUGUGGUUGCAUCCAGUGUGUGCGUGACGUGACAUUUUAUAGCUUCAGUGACAUGAAAUUAGGCAACCAGUGUGCUGCGUUAAGUCAUAACAUUCUUUUUUUUCUUUCUAAGAAUCGAUGUGCAACCUUUGCCUGUGAACAGUGCUGGUUACUACUUUUAAAAGAAAGGAAGAUACAAGAAAGGGAUUUAUUUUUAAGUACUUGAGUCCUAAAUUGUUUUUCUUUUAUUGAGUCGUUAUUCGUUGCUAUGAAUGAAGCUUUUAAAUUAAGACAUUUAAAACAACAAUGCUUCUGAUUUCUGCAGGAAUGCCAGCUGGCACUAAAGUGUUUUUAACACCAGGCUGUAUAACAAGAUUACAUUCUGUUCACGUCUAUUGUUUUUGACUUCCUGCUUUGUUUUUCUGCUCUAUAUUUUGAUAGAUGACUUUGAACUGUAGUCAAAGGGCCUGAUUGCCCUUUAAAUGUGAAUGUCUCUAACCUGUAAUGAGUGUCUGUAACCACUUUUGUACUCUUGGUCAAAGAAAACUGUUUACAGUGUCUCGAUUUUGAAAAUUAGAAGAAGGGAUUGUGCGAGACGUAUGAAGUAAUUCCUUAAAUGGGGAGAAUUUGUUUAUAAGAGAUGAAAUAUUGCUUAUUCUGUGUUUCGCUUGUGUUCUUAGCGGCUCGGAAACCUCUCUCGUGCCUUUGCCCGGUGUUUCAUUUGAUCAGUUGUUUCUCCACUUAAUAGAGGGGACAGCACAAGUUAGCCAUAAGUGUCAGUAGUAUAGAUAUGAUGUUGGUAUUCUCAGGGGGGGAAGCAUUUCUUAGCAGUCUGAAAUGAUAAGUUAUUGCAGGGAUACACAGAGAAUUUUAUCGGUUGAGUUAGUUUGAGUUCACUUUUAAUGGAUUAUAAAUAUCAGACCUAAAAUACUCAAAAUUGCCAAGUUAAUGUGCCAUGAAUGAGCAUGCGUACGCUGUUUUUGAUAGUGUCGAUGUGCUGCUUGCCUCUUUGUGUUGCUUUUCUCAUCAAUGAAAUGACCCCCCCACCUCCCUGUACCUUUCUCGUCAACUCUAAUCUCACAGUAACAUUUCUUAAUACAACCAUGUAAAGCUACAUCAGUCCUGUCAAAUAGGAUUUCAGUCAGGACCACUAUAGUUAAAAGAAAACCGUAUUUUUUAUGUAGCUCUAGAUAAGCUUGUAAAUAAGUGGAAAGUCAGAGCUGGGAUGAGCAGCAGCAAGAUCUGCGUCAGAAACAGCGUGAAGAAGGUGGAGCUGGGGGUGGAGGUUUGCACAUGCAACGACAAGUGUAUGCAGGCUAAAGCAGCGUGGCCUAAGUGAGACUGGAUGCAUAGAACGGUAUCAGCUGCGCCAUCAGCUGACGUGACGUGGGCUCGCACCCAGAUCAGAAGAUGUGAGGCUGAGCUAGACUUCGUGACCUACUGUGGUUGAUCUAUUUUAGAGAUGCGCUGCUGCUUUCAUGCGACUUCUUUUCUUUUAUGUCAAUUUAGCCAAGUUAAGGCAAUUUAAGUUUGUUUUUUUUUGUUUUUUUUAAGCAUUCACAGUGAUUUAGUGGUUUGGCUUUCCACCUUGUAAUGCCCGUUAAAUGUCUUUUCUGGUAUAUUUGAGGUUUUGUGAAACACAGUGCAUGUUGAUAGGUUAGAAUAUGAAAAGAUAGGAUGAAGAAGUUGCUCUUUAAGAUUACAGAUUAUACACGGACAUGCAAAUGAGCUCGCCGCCGAGUGCAACUUUGAUGUCUCUAACCUAAAAUAAACAAUUGUGAGAAAAUGGCUCAUGUAACACUACUGCGUGUCGGCUACUUGCUUUAUAAACCUGAGCUGACUCAUUCACAGAUUCGGGUUUUGCAGUAUUCAAAGUCUAACAAAACUAGGAGUGAAAACAGAAGCGAGCACUAAAACGGUGUGCACAUGCAGCAAAUACUCUCAGAACUUUACACAACAAACAACAUGUCACAAAAAACACUGGAAAAGUAAAAAAAAACAACAACUUUGUAUCAUCUGCAUGCACAAGUCAUGAAUUACAAUGUUUCUCUCGUCUUUUUUUAAAUAAAUGGUUUAUUUUUCAUUUUUUUUCCUCAAAUGUUUUGCACAUUUAUUUGAAAAAAGAAGUCAAUAAAUUUGAAAU